AUGAUUCAUUCUACAUUGCCCACUUCAACUUAUUAUCGCACAUACAAUACUAGGCUUCGUUGGCAACACAACCCAAAAAAGUUAGCUAUAUCUCGUGAAGAAUGGGAAAAAAAGCUUUCUGACGUCAAGAGCAGCAAGAAUGAUUUGAACAGACUUGUCAUGAACUAUCUUGUGAUUGAAGGAUACAAGGAUGCAGCAGAAAAAUUCAGUGUCGAGUCCGGACUUGCACCAGCAGUUGAUCUGAUGACAGUUGAAGACCGAAUGAACAUUAGAAACGAUAUUCAGAAUGGCAAUAUCGAAGCAGCCAUUGAGCGUGUAAAUGACCUUGAUCCAGAGAUUUUGGAUACCAAUCCUAAACUGUUUUUCCAUCUGCAGCAACAGAAACUGAUUGAGCUGAUUCGUAAUAAUAAAAUUACAGAAGCUAUCGAGUUUGCUCAAGAAGAAUUGGCACCUCGCGGAGAAGAAAAUCCCGAGUUUCUGAAUGAACUUGAGCGCACAAUGGCGCUGUUGGCAUUUGAAGAUACGUACAAAUCGCCUGUUGGAGACUUGCUAAACCAUUCACAGCGCCAAAAAACCGCAAGUGAGCUUAAUGCAGCAAUUCUGACUACCCAAUGCCAAGAAAAAGAUCCUAAAUUGCCAUCGCUGCUCAAGAUGCUUGUAUGGGCCCAGAACCAACUUGAUGAAAAAGUGGUAUAUCCCAAAAUUAAAGAUCUUGUUACGGCCGAGUUUGAAAAUGGCUCAGCUUCGUCAUCAUAA